UCAAGAGGAAGUGCCACCUGCAGAGACACAUGAUUAGCAUGGACCACAAGUGACACAAUGGCGACCCUGUAAAAUGCGACUCGUUGUAGCAGACCGACUGCCGAGGCUGACGGUGAAGAACAUCGAAAACCUCAAGUACACCCGGAGGCCGGUGAUCCACAAGUGCACUAGAUGCGGAAAGGGUUAUCAACUGGAGACUUCCCUGAGGAGACAUCAGAGACUGGAGUGCGGGGUCGAGCCCAGACAAAGUUGCACCAUUUGCGGGAAGAAGUUUACCCACAGAUUCAAGCUCACGCGCCAUCUUGCCUCCUGCAAACGAAAGAAGGAAUUUUACGAGACCAUUUAAUCGACCGCCGCGAGCCAUGAAUCCGUCGACAUAUAUUUUAUCGAAUAUAUAUAUAUAUAUAUUUUCGUUACACCCCUGUACAUCUCGCCCCUUUGCAAAGCACUCUUAGUAGAAAUUUAAGGGAGUUUUCUAACGAUUUGCCUCGCCUCCACCCCGGGGUUUGCUCGAGCGACUAAUAAUUCAGCAUACACGAUUAAGUUCGAAUAUCUGUUAAGAACUCGUUAAGUUUGACAAUCAAAGUGUCGUAGUCACGCGUUUAAUUAAUCAUUUACUACAUCGAGCUUUAAGCGAUAAAAGGAGCCGGUCCUAAUAGUGGCUAGGUGUUGUUAGACUCGAGGAUUAAUUUCCCCUAAUUUCCGUAAAUCUCGGCCGGACGAAAUAUAAAUUACUGUGCAAGCUCUGCGUUGUUUCAACCGUGUCAUGUUGUACAUAUGUAAAUAUACACCGAUGCGAAAAGAAAGAAAAAAGACCCAUCGCCGAAGAAAAAUGGCUUAACACUCCGGUGCAGGAGAGUUGGAAAAACUCCAUUUCCGAAUUUUGCGCGAGGUCCUUUUCUCUUACGAGUCCAGCCGAAUUGAUUUAUUUAUAUGUAGAUUCCGUGUAGACGGUCUCAGGGAGUUUCCUAAUAUCGGUGAGAAAUUCCUUAUCGGACAUGCGAUAUAUCGAGGGGG